UUAAACGAAAUAUUUUAUUUUAAUUGAACAGAAAACAUGUUAAUUUGUAUUAGAUCUUGUUAUUAAAGCUUUAGUAGUAUUUCCAACGUACAGAGUGAAAUGCCAUGUUUAUGACAGGUUCUAUGUUGAGAUCGCGAGUCCGCCUUCCUGUCGGCCGCUCUCACAGUUCCUUGGAUGUGCCGUAUCUCAGAGCUGGUAUGGCGAGAACGGACAAACGAAUCUCUAGUCCCUCAGGACUGAGUGACGAGGAACUGUCCAGGGCGUCCACACUGAAGGUUCCAAUUGGCUCCAAAGCCUUCCCUACAACACUGGAUGGUUUGAUGGAACAGAUUAACAGGAGUAGCUUCACCUCUUCCCUGACAAGUGUAAGCAACGACUCAGAUAGCUUUGAUGCUGAAAACUUAGCGAUUACAAACAUCUGAGAGCUGAAAACUGGGCGACUACAAACAUUUGAGAGGUGAGGACUGGGCGACUACUAACAUUUGACAGGAG